CCGGAAUCGUCCAAUCAGGUUUAUGUUCGACUUGCGUUGUUUUUUGAAUGUUGUUGAAGGGUGGCAGGAAACCUCUGAAGUAAUCAAGUCAUGGCAGGGGCAACGAGAGGACGGCAGCCCUGCAAGGGAAUCACCCUUCCUCCUCAAGUCAAAUUACAAGCUCCGACUGUGAACGAAGGACCUCCAAACUUCCCGGACGUGUGCGACGCUCUGCAGGCAGAGAUGCAUCAGCAGAGGCAUUCUGUCCAGGCGAGGUUGCCAGGUGAAGGUGGGACUGGGGAGGGCAGCUCCCCGCCCAGAAUAAACCAGGUGGACCUGCGACCACGCGGCAGGAAGAGGCUAGCUGAGAGCGCAGGCUGUUCUGUGGGGGUGAAGCUCCAGCUGCCCAGCAUGGCUCCACGGGCCCAGAGCCUCCCACUGCAGGGGCCCGGGGCCCCGGCACCAGAGGACCCCCCCACCAGCAGCUGCCCAGGCGGAAACGUGACGUACAGAGACCUUCAGGAGAAGCUGGAGGCCGUCCAGCUGGCGUCCUGUGACGGGGCCUCGGCGAGCAUGGAGGAGAAUACCCUGAAGGAGCGCAGCAUGUACUGCAAGGAGCUGCUGACCCAGGGCAAAACGGAGUUCUGUUUUGAGGAGCUCCGCGCCGAGCGUUACACUCUGGCCCGGCGGCAGGAGGUCUAUGCGAAGAUCAGAAAAAUGGAUGACCUGGAAGUGAAACUCAAGCAGGAGCUGCAGGAGAAGCAGGGAAUGCUCCUGUUACGAAUGUCCCUGCCUGAGACACCGGAACAGGUGGAUGAGGCCCGGAACCUUCCAGUGGCCGAGCCAUUCCACAUCUUCACGGACCCCACGUCCGGCUCCUCCUCCUCUUCUUCCUCCGCAAUGCCUUUUAGGGACGGCAGAGCCAGCCCCAAACCACUGAAGGACGACGUUUUCUUGCGUCCGGGAGAGCAGUUGCCCUCUUUAAAGAUGGCCCUGCGGUCUUCGGGCUCUGGAGCGAGGCUUCUGUCCCUGACGGAGACGGUGGUGGGCACGGUCCAGAACAAGACGCUGUGCUCCUGCCCCGACAACACGCAGGACUUUGCCGGCUCCGCGCACCUGGUGUCCACGCCCUACGUCAGGAGAGCGCCGCCCUCUGAUGCUGACCACCAGGGGCUGCUGCGCCGGAGGCAGGCUGCUGCGCCCCUUCCCCCCCAGACCGAGGAGACCCCCACCAUAAAGCUGAGUCCCAUCAAGGAGGCCAGCCUGGAGGCCCACACGACGCUGUCCACCGCGGGGGGAGCCUCAACCCUGGGGGUCUCGUCCACCGACGACCCCCUUACCCCGCAGACUGGUACCCACGCUUCAUUACAGCAGGACCCCCACUGGUUGAUGAGACUCACUGACGUGGUGCAUGCACACACACACCUGGGGCUCCUGUGUCAACCGGGGGGGCUCUGUGUUCUAGGUGAGGGGCCCCUGUCCGGGGACCCCUGCAGCAGGGAGACGAGGCGGCGUCUCCUGGACCAGGCGGAGGUCAGCUCCUUCCCGGGCUACCACACGGUGGAGGCCCCCCUGCCUCCCGUGGACAAGGACACCCACCUCUCCCUCGGCGGCGCGGAGGUCUCCCUCUACACCAAGGUCCAGGAGGAGGAGGGGUUCUCCCUGUUCGGGGGCUUCAGCCAGAGGAGCCACGUGCUGCUGAAGGUGGAGAGGAGCCUGUUGCCGUGGGAUUUCUACGUGCUGUCCCAGCUGCGCAGGAGGCUGUCCCCGGAGGAUUCGGCCGCCCUGCCGAGUGCACGCUGCUUCCUGUUCCAGGACGCAUGCGUCACCCUCUAUACAGUCCCCAAUUACCAGAAGCUGUCUGCGCGGCUGAGGCUGUUACCGCCGGGCUGGGUGUCCACUGAGGUGACUGGUUUGCUCCUGAUGAUGCGAACCUUCCACUCCUCCUCUCUCCUCCUGGGAGCGCUGCACACGGACUCUCUGCUCAUCACCCACGGCGACUCCCUGGUGUCCGUGGACCUGCUCUCCUCCCUGGACCUGGAGCUCCAGACGGACCUGACCUCCGCCGCCCAGGUCCCCGCCGCCCUCGACUACAUCCAGCUGGGGCUCCUGAAGCCCACCGACUCCCCGUACCAGGUGGACCUGGUGUGUCUGGCCGAGGCGGUUCACCUCCUGCUGACCAAGAGGAAGAUGACGGUGGUGAAGGAGAAGGACGGCUGGAUGGUGGAGAAGCUGGGACGCAACGGCAGCAGGUUGGGCAGGAUGUCGGCGUGGAGGAAGGCGUUCCAUCUGCUGCUGAACUCGUCCGGACACUCCUCCGUCUCUGUGCUGUCCCAGCUGCUUGACCUGGUCGCCACCGCUCCUUAUUAUAGUUUCCGUGACGAGCCGGGGGUUACUAUGGCGAUCUGAUGCUGAUCUGAUUUUUGUUGUUCUUGUUUGUCAAACUUGGUUCAUAUUUUUUGUUGUCGGUUUCUCAUGUUUAAAUGUGUAUAUGACCCCCCUCCCCCCCCCCCGCAUUGAAACGUUUACUUACUAUAGGGUUUGUCUGCCAUGAAUCUGUUUCCAGCUUCGAAACACAUAUGAUAAACAAAAUUUAUUAAGAAGAUGCAUGUAUAUUGUAAAUAUGUAUUAAAAUAUGUAGUUGCUAAAGUAAA